AUGGAGUCUUAAGAUAAAAAACAUCAGAAAAGACAUGAUUCCAGUGACAAAUAAAAGGAGUUAAAGAAAAUUUAGAAGCUUCAACAAAAAGGAUAGGCUUUAUUAAGAGAAGAAAAGCCACAGAGUAAGAAAGAAAAAAAGAGCAAGAAAGACAAGAGUAUAAUUAACAGAGAGAAAGUGAUAAAAGCAUUUAAAUCAUUCAUUAAGAUCUUCUAAGAUGACUUGGAGGAAUUCUUUGAUCUAUUUUCUUAAUUGGAUGACGGGUGUGUAAUUGAAACAGGAGGGAUUGAAAAUCAGAGUGUAAAGGAGAAACUUGAUAAAUUAAUGGAUAAACUUAAACUAAAAAAUCAAGGGGAUGACAAAGCCCCUAUAUUCAAGAAGGUCAAUAAAAACAUCAAAUUGGAACACUAUGUAAGAGGGUUAUAUGAUGAAGUAGUGAAAGGAAUAAAGUAUUAAGAACCAGAAUCAAGCAAUUCAAAUAUUAGCAAAAGUGAAUCACCAGAGAAAGUGAAAGAAGUGACUAAGAAUGUUAAAGAGUAGGAGCCUUAAAAGUAAUAGCCUUAGAGACUAGAAGAAAAUUCAGAGAUGGACUUAUUUUUGGAGGAGAAUUUUGCAUAGGGUGGCGAGAGAAAGUUAACGAGUUAUUUGAAUGAAAGAAAGAAAGUUUAAACAUAACCCAUUUAAUAAUAAUAAUAGCAAUAAUAACAAAAGAAUGAUAGUAUAUAUUUAGGAGAAUUACCAUAAAAGCCUAAAAAUCCUGAGGAAAUAAAGUAGUUUAUGAUAUGGUAUGACUAAGAAUUUAGACCAAAGAGUUUAGCAGAGGAACAUAGGGAGAAAUUGGAGAGGGAACGACUUGAAAAACUAAAAGCAGGCGGUGUAUAACCAAAUUAAAGAGAGAAAAAUUAACGUAAGGAGUUUAAUAGAGAUACAGACAUGAAUAUGAAUACAUAGACAAGUUCAGAAGUGUUGGCAAGAAUUAGAUAAUCCGGAUCGCUAAAUUAAAAGUUUUCAUCUGGACAUUUAUAAAAUUAAUUCAUAUGA